ACUUCUCUAGACAAGUAAGGAUCCAGCAUCAGCUCUUUCUUAUUAAUCAGCAUCAGCAUCGUUACAUAUUCGCCAUCAUACGAGUCCCUAUUCUUACUUGUACUUUUCUACUCGUCCACUAACGUAGCCAGCCAAACUUGUCGUAAUUGUCAUUACAAUUCCACCAUCUUCCAGGAUAAGACGAUCGACCAAGCCUCCAAUUCAAUCAUUUUCAUCGCUCGAGAAGAGACCGCAAGCAGCUAUUGACUGACUCACACAUCUCAAAUCUCAACUUCUUCAUCAAUUCGUCAAGUGUCAAGUUCACUCGUCAAGUGUCAAGAUUGUCUCGCUCUUUCUCUCAUCCACAACUUUGUUGCUGAAAAAUACGUCACAAUGAGCACUUUUCUCAAGAAUAAUUACAUCGGCUCCAUCCUUCUGGACUUUCCAGUCCAACCAAGGUUCUGCGAUGAAGCUUCCGCGGACGACUUGUCGGAGACUAUUGCAAAGAUUUUGGAAACUAAAUUCGGACCUUUUUUGAAACUUUUCUCCGGCUCGGUCCAACCAGCCAAGCCAACUCUGGGUUGGAUUACUCUACUUUCCGGUGAGAAGGGUGUAACUGCGGUCAUCCGAACCUUUCCGACCCGUUCCGUCGUCACCGUGACGGUCGACUAUGACCUCAAAAUCUACGAAGGUACUCCACCCGUGACCUUCAAUGACAUUUCCGACCUGGAAGCCGAAUUGGCCAAAGCUUUCCAAAGCUUCAAGAAAACUUCUCCCAUUCCACAAAUCAAGCGAGCUCUCGAUUUUGACACCUACUUUACCACUUCGGACUCUCGCCUGCUUGAGUAUGACGUCCAGGAGAUGGUCUUUGAUGCUCGGAGUGAAUUCCAGCACGUCCAAAUUGCUCGAUCUAUCAAUUACGGAAAUGUCCUUAUUCUGGACGGACUGGUCAAUCUGGCCGAGGCUGACCUCGCCUACACUGAGGCCAUCAUGAAACGGGGUGAGGUGGACUACACUGGGAAAGACGUGCUCAUUCUGGGUGGCGGAGACGGGGCUUUGCUGUACGAGCUACGAAAAGAGAACGCCAAGUCGAUCACAAUGAUCGAGAUUGACGAAAUGGUCAUGAGCGCGUGCAAGGUACACUUGCGACUCGCUUGUGGAGACACGCUGGACAAUUACAAGCACGAGAACUACGAGAUCAUCGUGGGAGACUGUAUCCCAUUCAUGGUCAAGUGUAAAGAGGAGGGCAAACUGUUUGACCACGUUUUUGGGGACUUGACCGACAUUCCGAUUUCGACCAAUCCAAUUGGAGAAAUUUGGAACUUUUUUAGGACGACUUUGCAACUCUCGUUCUCGAUCUUGAAGGAGGGUGGGACUUACUUCACCCAUGCCAAUGGGGUCACUGCUGAGGAGAACUUGAAAAUGUUUGAGAGCACGAUUAAGGACACCUUAAUGGGGUUUCCGGUGGAGUUGACGCAAUCGACUGCUUUUGUCCCCUCGUUCAAGGAAAAGUGGGUCUUUUACGAGGUGAAGAGAGCAAUUGCUGGAAACAAUGGUCCCCAAGAAUGAUGAAAAUUUUGAUUUUGAUGAUUAUGUCCAUGAAAUGAAAAAUCUACAUGCUUGACUAACUGUAUUAAUCACUUGCACUUUACCACUUUCUUACAUCUAUUUUUUAACCUAAACUCAAAGCAAUAGAUUUUUGAAUAAUGAGCUUUGCUUUAAUACCAAAUCUAAGACAUGUGAACUUAUUGACUGAAACGUAUUCUUUAACAGUAAUUUUUCAACGCUUUGUUGCGACUAUUAAUGAUUUUAUACCUUGUGACAUUUGUACCAUUUACACUCGUACAUAUUUAUUAUCCAACUUUAGCUUCAUAUUAAAACCUAACCUACGAUUGCUCUUGCUGAAUCUUUUUCAUUUUUCUCUGUCUCAAAUAAAAUAUCACCCCCAUCAAUAAUAAUUGAAAUCUUAUUUAUGUAGUUGCUUCAAAAAAUUGAAAAAAAUUCAUAAUGUUAUCAAUUGAUGCCAAUUCGUAAUAAAUAAAGCUUUUAGCCCUUUAUCCAAAAAUAAAGUAAGAGUAAUGCAUUAGUUCAUUAAUAUCUGCGUUUAUUAAACGAUUUCAUUUAAUUGAAUCUGACUUAUAUGAGAAGACAGGUUAUAAUUAAUAAUGGUAGCCGCGCUUUAUCGUGAGUACAAAUACUUUCAUACGAAAAAAUAUUGAAAUUUUUCUUAAUUAAAAUAAAUUAAAAAGAAAAAUAAAACGAACGACAAAUGAGGCCCUUCUUAUGGCAGAUACAUCAGAGUAAAAAUAAGAUAAGAAGAGAUAUAACAUCAUUUACUUAAUUGCUAUGUAAUAUUCAGUUCAAAAAUCAGUUUGAGAAGAUUCAAUAUCGGCAAUCGAUUUAAUUAUUUAUCACUUGGCUGAAUGCACACACUCACGUCAUCCAUCUGAAAUCCUUAUAGAAUAAUUAUGUAGUAUUAAAAGCUGAAUGUAAAUAUAUCUGUAUAUAGAAUUAAAUAU